GAGCGAGGCCCCCCGCGGCGGGGCGGCUCCGGAGCUCCAGGGGCCCGGCCCGCGCGGUCCAGCGGCGGCGCGGCGGGGAGAGGGGCCGCCGCCUGGACGGACGCCGCGGGCGGGACCCGGGAAGCGACGGCCCGGCGCGGAGCCCAGAUUAUCCUGCUCACCAGAUGUCUGAGUUCUUCUUGCAACAUUGGCCAUUGGUUUUCACUGCCUUCAAGAGAUCAAAAUUACUCCAGAAAUUGGAGAGCUUGAUUUAAAAGAAAAACUUGAACAAAUGGACAAUAUGUCUAUAACAAAUACACCAACAAGUAAUGACGCCUGUUUGAGCAUUGUACAUAGUUUGAUGUGUCAUAGACAAGGUGGAGAAAGUGAAACGUUUGCAAAAAGAGCAAUUGAAAGUUUGGUAAAGAAGCUGAAAGAGAAGAAAGAUGAGCUGGAUUCUUUAAUAACAGCUAUAACGACAAACGGAGCUCAUCCUAGCAAAUGUGUCACCAUACAGAGAACGCUGGAUGGACGGCUUCAGGUGGCUGGUCGGAAAGGAUUUCCUCAUGUGAUCUAUGCCCGUCUGUGGAGGUGGCCUGAUCUACACAAGAAUGAACUGAAACAUGUUAAAUAUUGUCAGUAUGCAUUUGAUCUAAAAUGCGACAGUGUCUGUGUGAACCCGUAUCACUAUGAGCGCGUUGUUUCACCUGGAAUUGAUCUCUCCGGAUUAACACUGCAGAGUAAUGCUCCACCAAGUAUGCUAGUGAAGGAUGAAUACGUUCAUGACUUUGAGGGACAGCCAUCCUUACCCACUGAAGGACAUUCAAUUCAAACCAUCCAGCAUCCACCAAGUAAUCGUGCAUCAACGGAGACAUACAGCGCCCCAGCUCUGCUAGCCCCUUCGGAGUCCACUGCCACUAGUACCACCAACUUCCCCAACAUUCCUGUGGCUUCCACAAGUCAGCCGGCCAGUAUUCUGGCAGGCAGCCAUAGUGAAGGACUGUUGCCGAUAGCUUCAGGGCCUCCGCCAGGGCAGCAGCAGAACGGGUUUACUGGUCAGCCAGCUACUUACCAUCAUAACAGCACUACCACCUGGACUGGAAGUAGGACUGCACCAUACACACCUAACUUGCCUCACCACCAAAACGGCCAUCUUCAGCACCACCCGCCUAUGCCGCCCCAUCCCGGACAUUACUGGCCAGUUCACAAUGAACUUGCAUUCCAGCCUCCCAUUUCUAAUCACCCUGCUCCUGAGUAUUGGUGUUCUAUUGCUUACUUUGAAAUGGAUGUUCAAGUAGGAGAGACCUUUAAGGUUCCUUCAAGCUGCCCUAUUGUAACUGUGGAUGGAUACGUGGAUCCUUCUGGAGGAGAUCGCUUUUGCUUGGGUCAGCUCUCCAAUGUGCACAGGACAGAAGCUAUUGAGAGAGCAAGGUUGCACAUAGGCAAGGGUGUGCAGCUGGAGUGUAAGGGUGAAGGUGACGUCUGGGUCAGGUGCCUUAGUGACCAUGCAGUCUUUGUGCAGAGCUACUACCUGGACAGAGAAGCCGGACGAGCACCUGGUGACGCUGUGCAUAAGAUCUACCCAAGUGCAUAUAUAAAGGUCUUUGAUUUGCGGCAGUGUCACCGGCAGAUGCAACAACAGGCGGCCACCGCACAAGCAGCAGCUGCUGCCCAGGCAGCAGCUGUGGCAGGAAACAUCCCUGGUCCUGGGUCCGUAGGUGGAAUAGCUCCAGCGAUCAGUCUGUCUGCUGCUGCUGGCAUUGGUGUAGACGACCUCCGGCGAUUGUGUAUACUCAGGAUGAGCUUUGUGAAGGGCUGGGGCCCGGAUUAUCCAAGACAGAGCAUCAAAGAAACGCCAUGCUGGAUUGAGAUUCACCUCCACCGAGCUCUCCAGCUCCUGGACGAAGUCCUCCACACCAUGCCCAUUGCAGACCCACAGCCCUUAGACUGAGACCUCUCACCGUGGACAUGCUAACCAUUUCAGCAUGGUGGACAAUGAAAUAUACUCGUGUUUAUAAUCUGAAGAUCUAUUGCAUUUUUGUUCUGCUCUGUCUUUUCAUAAAGGGUUGAAAGAUGUGUUUGCUGCCUUGCUCUUAGCAGACAGAAACUGAAUUAAAACUUUUUUUUUUUUUUUCUAUUUUAGAACUUUCAGGCAUGACUCAGAGCUUGAAGAUCAGGAAGAACCAAUUCUUACUAAAUCUUCACUGGUUGU